AUGCUGAUCGCAGAUGCAGCCAGCGAGAGCGAAUUCGUACACUUGAAAGUGAUCAGCGUGAACAACUUGAGCUACUUGCUCUCCUACGGCGAUCUAGAAGGCGGGUUUGGCGAGUCGGUGGUGGAGGAGGAUCUGGAGGUGACCCUGGGCCAGCUGCUCACAUCGCCCGACUGCCAAUUCUCCCUCAUCGCGGGCGACGAGGGAUCGGGCAAGACCGUCGUCCUACGCCGCAUUCUGCGCGAGUUCGAUCGCAUCGCCACGCCGUCGCCCUCCCAGCCUCUGCGCUCCGCCUUCCCCAUCUACAUCAACUGCGCACACCUCAUCUCCCAGCUGCUCUUCGACGCCAGCCGCGCAGCAGCCGCCGAGAAGAUGGAGAGCGAGAUCGAUCCCGCCGGAUUGCUGCUUCGAUCCGCUGUGCAGAGCUGGCACGGCUUCACGCCACAGGCGUCCUCCUCUUCGACGCCAACCACCGCCACCACGGCCGCGCGCCUGCUGGGCGAGCUGCUGCGCGACUCGCGUCAUCCCUUUGUGCUGCUGCUCGACGGCCUCGACGCGGUGCCGCGCGACCUCGCCAACGAACUCCUCUACGGCCUGCUGGGCUACAAGGACACCACCAACGAUGAGACGAGCUGUGCGUCCAUCUGCGCGCUGCAGUCGUUCGGAAGGAAGCUGGGCGCCACGUUUGGCAAGCGGCUGCAGCGAGUCGUCGCGUGCUGCCGUGUGAACACGCUGGCCGAUCUCAUGCGCUACCCGCUGCGUCCGACCCAGGUCCCCAGCGUCGGCGCCGCCACCAACCCCUCCACGGGGAGCACCGCUGCCGGCGCAGCGGAGGAGGCCGAAGGCGAGUCCGAGGCCGGAGAGGGCGUGAGCAGCAGCAAGCAGUGGCGAAUCCUCAAACUCGACAGCCUGUGCGGGGAGACGGAGCAGCGGCUGUACGCCAAGGCCCUCUUCGACAAGUUCGGUCUGUCGGCCCUGCCCGCGGCCCCGGCGCUGCUGGACUGCCUGCUCGAGCGGAAGGGCCUCGUGCUCCCCACGCAGAAGCAGAGCCCGCUCCUGCUCUUUGUGCUGCUGCGGGACAUCCUGCUCGCCCAGUCGCGCGACGGCAGUUCGAUGCCGGCCACUAAUCUCCACGAGCUGCUGUGCCACCUCGCCGGGUCACUGGCCAAGGGCGCGGCCGACCGCAGCCGGCUUCAGCUCGCCGCCGCAGAAGCGGACAAGCCCGAGCGCAGCAUCUUGCGCGAGCUGCUGCCUGAGCGGAAGACCCACAACAAGGCCGACGAGGCCAAUGAGGCCAGCGACGACGAGGAGGCCGUCGAGCGACGGAAACUGAUCGGCCUCCUGGCCUACUUGAUCGUGUGGUGGGACGACAACUACGGCAAGAGCUACCACUAUGUACAGAACCCGCUCUUCAACGGCAACGCCAACGCCAACGCCAACGCCACCGACGGGUCCACCGCCACCGGCGCCGGCGCGGUGGCGGACAUCUUCGUGGCGCAGCGCCGCGUGUUCGUGGAGGCGAUGGGCAAGUACCACCAGCUGCGACGGGCCGACCUCGACCAGCCGGAGGAGCGACGACAGAACGGCGAGCGCCUGCUGGACGAGGUGGCGCGAAUGCUGCCCGGCGUCGUGCUGCAGCACGGCGUGGGCCGCACGCUGGCCUUUGCCAACGCCACGCUCCACCAGUUCUUCGUGGCCGACUACAUGCUCACCUGCAUGGCCAACCUCGAGGACGAGGUCACCUUCGCCAAGGUGGUGACCGACGUCCUGCACCCGUGGGAGGCCCAGCACAAGCCCUGGCACCACUACAUGCAAAGCGGCGGCGGCCGUCGACAGCAGCCACAGCAGCACGCCAACGCCAGCGGCGACGAGCCGGCGGCGGAGACUGACAGCCGGCGGACACUGGACGGCCUGGUCGCCACGUCGCCAUCUUCGGGUCCUGCGGCGUCGGUGCGAGAGCGAGGAGGCGAGGACGGAGGGGAGAAGAAGGACUUCCUUCGCUAUUUUUGGGCCGACGAGCGCCAUCUGACGGACAAGUGGUGGGCCGAGGUCAUCCUCUUCAUCGGCUUCAAGAAGGGCACGCACUGGCUGGCCGAGAAGAUCCUGGCGCUCAAGUUCCCGUCGCUCAAGGAGUGGUUCGCCUCCUUCAAGGGACACAACACUGACCCGCAAGAUCUUGGCCAGCUGCGAUUUUCCCACCUUCUGCGAGCCAAGGCCUGCGAGGGCGUGCUCAAACAGGCCCGGGCCUCCGACACUGGCGUGCGAGAGCCGCCGGGAGCGCUGAAGAAAAAGACGAAGUGGGGCGCCGCAUUCCUCGAAUUCCUGGAUCGGUCUGAGUCGGCGCUCCUCCACCUGGACUACUACCCGGUCUACCUCCAACUCAACCACGUCCUGGGCACUAAGGUGGUCGAAGCUGUCAUGACCAAAUGUAUAGAUGUCUUCAAAGGUCAGAAUCCGGUGUACGCCAUCGAUCUGAUGGUGAAGUUCUAUCUGGGCGGCGUGAUCAACGAGCGGAAUAUAAAUAUUGUAAUUAACAGCCUGCUCGACGACGACGAACCCCGCGUGCGCAAGGCGGCCCUCAACCUCCUGUGGCGGCUGACCCUGCUCAACAAGGGCAACAACCCCAUCUUCCCGCCGCACCUCGCGCGACCUCGGCCCGGCCGCACCGACGACGCGACCAACGGCCGAACACCGGCCGCGAGCGACUCGGCGGCGGCGGAGACGAACAAUCGGCGCCGGCGCGGCUCGGCCAACGACAAGCGGGAGGACCCGCUGGGCUUCGUGCGGGUCAUCCAGCUCGUGUCGGCCCGGCUCAAGGACAAGCACGCGCUGGUGCAGCUCGAGGCGACCAACGUCAUGAAGGAGAUGGCCCAGCUCUCCAUCGCCUCCCUCACGCCCGUCCAGCGAACAUUCCUCUUCGGCCAGCUCCUUCGCGAUGAGGAAAUACAAAUUCGGCAACUGGUGAACUCGGCGGUGAAGAUGAUGCAGACGUUCGAUGUCUACGUAUGGCUCCUCCGCUGGCUCGGUCAUGAGGAUCCUGGCCUGCGAUUGCUGGUCUUGAUCGUCCUGGGCCUGCUGGCCAAUCCUCUGCUGCCAACGAAACAAAAGUUCGAUCCCGCGCGCAAGGCCAUCUGCCUGGUGCUCACGGGACUGAGCCAGGAGUACAAGCCGACCAGUCCGGUGCUGGGCGACAUCCUGCGGGACCUGUCGGCCCGGAGGAAGCGGAAGACCUCCUCCGGCGGUCUGCUGGGCAUCGGCGGCGGCGGGUCGUCGUCGUCCGACGCGUCGGCCGCGGACGAUCUGGACCCGCUGCUGGUGCCCUUCGUGACGGUGGUGUUCGAGGCCCUCGGCGAGACCGCCGCGCGGUGCGAGGACCUGGGCAUGAUGCUCGACCUCGUCAAGUGCAAGCCCUUCUUCCUCAAGAAGCUGUGCCUGGUCAUCACCGACCGGAUCGACCCUGCUCGGCUUCGGCCCAGGCUCGACUCCCUGCUCAACUGCCACAACCAACGCGACGAGACCAACGCGGUAAUCGACUUCUACCUGAAGCACGAGGUCAUCCAGCUGCUGCAGGCCAUCGACAGGGACGUGGGCGACCGGGAGCAGCUCGAGGCCCGGCGGAUCGCCGACGAGGACGCCGAGGCCGCCGUGGACGACAAGCGACAAGUCGCCGCCGCCACCAAUCGGUCGCACAACGGGGCCUCAUCGCUCUACUCGACGACCAAGUUCGAGGUGCUCGCGUCGUGGCUCGGCCAGCAACGGCCACACGGCGAGUCGUCUGAGCCUCAGGCACCACCGGCGGCAACGACCCCCAACGGCAGUGAAGCUCGCGAGCUGCGGCUGGAGAUGGUGGAGGCCAUUCCCGGCGUGCUGCACCUGAACGACGUCAACGCGCUGCGCUACCUGCACCUACUCAUCGACCUCCUGCUCACCGAGGAGGACCACAUCACCGUCCAGACGCUCAUCGCCAAGCUGCAGGACCUCACCUACUCGGCCCUCACCGGCAGUCGCAGGUAUUCGGCCGAGGAUGCGGCGUUGUUGGAGCGGACGAAGGUCGAGGUGGAGAACAAGUGCUUCGAGAUGAUGCAGAACCGGAACGCGUACAUGGUGCUGACGGCCAUCCGGCUGGUGAGCCUGCUCGAGCAGAGCCGCAAGGGCGAGCACCGAGCGCGCGACGGCAUCGCGGUCGACCACGAGUGCCAGGGCGACGACGACGAGAAGCGGACCCAGCGGCACGCGCGCCUGCGACAGGUGAUCCAUCAGACCAUGGCCCUGCUCAGUCACCGCGAAGCCGAUGCCAGGACCGAGGCCCUAGACCUCCUGCGAGUAUUCGUCAGCGGCAUUCACCUGGACCUGGACGACAAUCUGUUAGUCCUCUGCUCGAUGCUCAAGAACCGGAUCUACUUCGUUCGCGCCACCGCGGUCGCCGCUCUCGGCGCGGUUGUACAGCACUUUUCCCUGCGGCCCGAUGGCCUGGAUAUGCUGAAGCGAGUGGAGGCCUCCGUGGUCAACGUUGUGAAGACCUCCGCCGAGGACAAGGCCGUGGUCGAGUCCGCCACCCGCACGCUGGCCUUCUUCGGCAGUCACAUAUCAGACGAAUCGCUGACCCUCGUGGGCUCGUUGCUGAAGGAACCCAGUCGAUUGCGGGCGACGGUGGUGGAGACGAUCGGGGCGGCGGGGAUGAAGGGCAUUCCCUUCAUUCCCGACAUCGCGGAGCUGCUGCUGGUCGAGGACAACUGGCUCCGCACCAUCGCCGUCACCCAGCUCUCCAAGCUCGCUCUCCUGCGAACUCUCGCUUACGAGCACCUGCAGGGCAUCGCUGCGCUUCUGCGCUACGAAGAGUACUAUGUGAAGGAGAGCGCCAUCCAGAUCCUCUGCGCGCUCGGCGUAGACGCGCUCCUCCUCUUUGUCGACGACAUUCUCCGAAUUAUGGACGAUGAAGAGGACGAGGAGGAGCCGUGCGUGGUGAUCAUGACCCUCUACGCCGUGUCCCUCAUCUUUGCCCACUACCGACAAAACGGCGACAAGCACCCCGAUCCGCUCACGUUGUGUUCGAACUACCUCUCGCACGUGCUGGCCAAGCUCGACGACAACUCGGUGCCCGUGAAGAAGGCGGCCAUCAAGGCCAUCCGCCAGUACCCGCAGAUGAUCGCCAACAACACCUUUGCCCUGCAGCGACUAACCAGGUUCCUGAACACGUUCGCGGAGGAGUCGCAGGUGCAGCUGCAGGCGUUCAUACUGCUGGGCGAGGCCAACCGGCUCUCGGUGUUCGACCACCUGUCGCCGCUGCUGUCGCUGCUCCACUGCCGCGACACCAAGAUCCUCAUGAAGACCAUCACCGCGCUGGGCAACCUGGGCGCCCACUGCAUCCACCUCAUCCCGUCCGCCAUCAACCGCACCAAGAGCCACGAGAUGCGCCGGCGCCUGCUGUCGCUCCUCAUCAAGUUCAUCGGCUACGGCAACUACGACGUGCUCGCGCCGCCGCCGCCUCCGCUGCUGGGCACGGGCGGCUACGGCCGCGAGGGCGAGCGCGACGCCGCCGAGCGCGAGGCCACGACGGCCUCGUCCACGCUCGGCUCUGCAGCCGGCGAGCACCCGGCCAACAACAAGGACGACAGCAUCGACAAGCUGAUCGUCAAGAAGAGGAAGGAGAUGGAGUACGAGGAGAAGGAGAUCGAGUACCUCUUCAAGAACAAGGACAGCACCAUCAAGCGCCAGGCCUUCCGCAUGAUGGCCAACUACUACCUCUACGCCAUGGCCCAACACCUCUCCUCCUCCUCCUCCUCCUCCUCCAACGCCACCGCCACCGCCACCUCCUCCACCUCUUUGUCGUCGGCCUCCGCUUCGCUGACGUCAGCUUCGUCUGCCGUUCCGGCCGCCGCGGACGCCGAGCGCGGGCUGCGAAAAAAGGCCGGCGACGAGCGGAGCGCCAAGUCGCCGCCGGUGAUGACCAUGACCAUGGCCACCGCCAUGGGCGCCACCACCGCCGCCGCGACCAACAGCGCCGGCGCCGCCAAGAAGCGCGAGUCGUCCGUCGGCCGGGAGGAGAGCGCGGACGACAUUGACUUCUCGUUCGGCAGCGACGACGAGGAGGGCGGGCUGGGCAUCGGCGGCGGGCUGGGCCACGGCGACGCGCUGCUGUCGCUCAAGUACCGCAAGUUCCUGGUGGCCAUGCUCAAGGACAAGAACCAGAAGAGCCGCAUGGAGGCGGUGCUGGCCCUGGGCCAGCUCCUCUACCGCGAGCACCGCGAGGCCAUGCUGCGGCUCCUCUUCCCGUCGGCCGCCUUCUCGUCGGUGGCCGGCGCCGCCCUCGCGCGGCCGCUCAUCCCCUCCGUGGCCGUGUGGCGUCUGCUGUCCCAGCAGUGGCACGCCCUCAUCGCCGUCCCCUCCCCGCCCUCCAAGUGA